UGGUACCAAUGUGUGAGUGUACAAAUAAGUAGUACAGUAUAAAACUUCCCAGUGCCAAUACCGUGAAGAGGAACUCGGACAGCUCUGAACCACAUGAUACAAGAGUCUGGUGAAAGACAAGGGACCAGAAAGAGAAUUUGCUGAAGAAGAGGAGGACACAACACAGCACAACACAGCAACGAUCCAGAAACCACACGCGCGGGCACCCACACUCACAAGUCACAUUCACUCACUCACUCACUCACUCACACGCGCGCGCGCACACGCGUACACACACACACACACACACACACACACACACACACAAAACCUGUGCCGUGAGGGGGAGGAAACGCCGGGCCUUUGAAAAAGGCCAUCACAACAACUCGGGCUGCCAGGAUGCCCUGGCUCGGGCUGCGGGGCUUUCUGCUGGCGACUUGCUGGAUGCUGGUGCGGAGCUCGCCCACCCCGGGCGCCGAGGGCCCCGGCGCAGACCCGGCGUGCCCGGCGUGCGCGCUGGCCGCGCUCCCCAAGGAGGUACCCAGCUCCCAGCCGGCCGACAUGGUGGAGGCCGUCAAAAGGCACAUCUUGAACAUGCUGCACUUGAAGAAGAGACCCGAGGUCACGCAGCCGGUGCCCAAGGCGGCGCUCCUGAACGCCAUCCGGAAGCUUCAUGUGGGCAAAGUGGGCGAGGACGGGUACGUGGAGAUCGAGGACGACAUCGGGCGCAGGGCAGAAAUGAAUGAACUCCUGGAGCAGACCUCGGAGAUCAUCACGUUCGCCGAAGCAGGCACAGCCAGGAAGACACUGCACUUUGAGAUUUCCAAGGAAGGCAGCGACCUUUCGGUGGUGGAGCGUGCAGAAGUGUGGCUCUUCCUGAAAGUCCCCAAGGCCAACCGGACCAGGACCAAAGUCACCAUCCGCCUCUUCCAGCAACAGAAGCACUUGCAGGGUGGCUUGGACGCCGGGGAGGAGGCGGAGGAGGUGGGCUGGAAGGGCGAGCGGAGGAGUGAACUGCUGAUCUCCGAGAAGGUGGUGGAUGCGCGGAAGAGCACCUGGCACAUUUUGCCCGUCUCCAGCAGCAUCCAGCGGCUGCUGGACCAGGGCAGGAGCUCCCUGGAUGUCCGGUUCGCCUGUGAGCAGUGCCAGGAGAGCGGCGCCAGCCUGGUGCUCUUGGGCAAGAAGAAGAAGAAAGAGGAGGAGAGCGAAGGCCGGAAGAAGGACGGCGACGGGGCGGAGGAGGAGAAGGAACAGUCGCACAGACCCUUCCUCAUGUUGCAGGCCCGGCAGUCCGAAGACCACCCUCACCGCCGCCGCCGGCGGGGCCUGGAGUGUGACGGCAAGGUCAACAUCUGCUGUAAGAAACAGUUCUUUGUCAGUUUCAAGGACAUUGGCUGGAACGACUGGAUCAUCGCCCCCUCGGGCUACCAUGCCAACUACUGCGAGGGUGAGUGCCCCAGCCACAUAGCGGGCACGUCGGGCUCCUCGCUGUCCUUCCACUCGACCGUCAUCAACCACUACCGCUUGCGGGGGCACAGCCCCUUCGCCAACCUCAAGUCGUGCUGUGUCCCCACCAAGCUGAGACCCAUGUCCAUGCUGUACUAUGAUGAUGGCCAAAACAUCAUCAAGAAGGACAUCCAGAACAUGAUCGUGGAGGAGUGUGGGUGCUCCUAGAGGCGCC